AUGGCGAGAGCAGCUUGUAACACCGUCGUUGCUGCUUUGACUUUGCUGCCCUCCAAGUCUUCCCUUUGUCGAAACCAGUUCCUCUUUUCCGGCAAAUCCAAGUCGGUCGGAGUUUUGACCUUGGACAAGCGAUGCUUCUCCUCCAAAGUCAGCAUGAGCUUGAAAGCCGGUAUCGUCGGUCUUCCCAACGUUGGCAAGUCCACCCUCUUUAACGCCGUCGUGGAGAAUGGCAAGGCUCAAGCUGCCAAUUUCCCCUUUUGCACGAUUGAGCCGAAUGUGGGCAUUGUUGCGGUUCCUGAUUCGCGUCUUCAGGUGCUCUCCAAGCUCAGCACUUCUCAGAAAUUGGUGCCUGCUUCCAUUGAGUUCGUCGACAUUGCUGGUCUUGUCAAGGGUGCCAGUCAAGGCGAAGGUUUAGGGAACAAGUUCUUAUCUCACAUCCGAGAAGUCGAUUCCAUCCUCCAGGUGGUACGAUGCUUUGAGGACAACGACAUUAUUCAUGUGAAUGGCAAAGUUGAUCCCAAGUCUGACAUUGAUGUCAUCAAUCUCGAACUUAUUUUCUGCGACUUGGAUCAGAUUGGUAAAAGAAUCGAGAGACUUAAGAAAGGCAAGGCUAAGGAUUCACAAUCCAAACUCAAGGAGGAAGCCGAAAAAUCUGCUUUGGAAAGAAUUCAGGAGGCCCUUCUUGAUGGGAAACCUGCACGCUCUGUUUCAUUGACUGACCUCGAGAAGGAGGUCGUAAAGCAUCUCUGCCUCCUUACGAUGAAGCCUAUGAUCUACGUCGCUAAUGUUGCUGAGACUGAUCUUGCCGAGCCUGACAAGAAUACUUUCGUUGAACAAGUCAAGGGUCUCUGCUCUGAUUUGCAGUCUGGCCACGUGGUUGUCUCAGCACAGGUUGAGUCUGAGUUAACCGAACUUCCUCAUGAAGAACGGACGGAAUAUUUGAACUCUCUAGGUGUCAGUGAGAGUGGCCUUGGGAACCUCAUCAGGGCAACAUACAGUCUGCUAGGUUUGCAGACCUACUUCACUUCUGGUGAAAAGGAAACAAGAGCAUGGACCAUACACGCAGGCAUGACUGCACCACAAGCUGCUGGUGUUAUUCACUCUGACUUUGAGAAGGGUUUUAUUAGAGCUGAGACUGUUGCAUAUGAAGAUUUUGUCACAGCUGGCUCUCUAGCCGCAGCAAGAGAGAAAGGACUUUUGAGAUCAGAGGGUAAAGAGUACAUAGUCAAAGAAGGAGAUGUGAUGCUUUUCCGCUUCAACGUGUAA